AUGAAUGCACAUUCGAUAUGUUGCCCACAUUUUAAAUUUAGUGGUGCAAGAUGGCAUAAAAAAGUUGAUAAGGCGGUUGAGGUAGUUCGAUGGGUGGUUAAAUGGAUUAGGCAAUCGCCUUCUAGAAUUCAUAAGUUUACCGAGUUUGCUAAGGUUGCUAAUCCAGGUAUAACAAAACACCUGAAGAGAGACGUGCCAACAAGAUGUAACUCUACUUACCAUAUGUUGGAAAUUGCCCAAGCUUACGAAAAAACUUUUGAGAGAUAUGAUCUUGAGGAAUUUGAUUUUCGGUACGAAAUUGAAAAGGCAGAUUGGAUUCGAGGUAGCAUAAGUGACACAAUCGAUUAUGAAAAAGAUUGGGAAGAAAAUCAACAAAUUGACAAAGAUGAAGUAGUGAAGGUGCAAGAAGAACGAGUAGGUGCAAGAAGACGAGUAUAUUUAUGA